AUGUCCAAGAAAGGCGUUGUCCAGACGUCGCGGGAAGAAAAAGGUCUUCGAAGAAUAAAAGAAAAAUGGCUAAAGUUUGAAUUUGUGGAGGUGGGUGGGAUAUUUCGUGUUUGGAUCUUGGCGCUGAACGUCGGAAUGUAUCAUGUUACUGUUGUACAAGUAGAUAGAUAG